CCAGAAGGGGAGCCGGCCUGCCAAGAUGCUGCCUUGAGGACUCCCAGAGAGCCGACAAUCUGCCAGAGUGCUCACACCAAGACAAGCCGAGCAGGAGUCACCGUGCACGGACCGGAGCGCCGCAGAGGAGCCGCCGCACGUCCGCCAAGAACUUUCGAUGUUCGAUGGCUGACUUUGAGUGUCGCCUUGUAAUGUGAGGAGCAGACGAUGAAGACUUUUAGCGGCAAAAACAACCAGAACCUUCUUCUCGUUCACGUCAGGAACGUCAAGAAGUUGCUCGCCUCUCUGCCUUGGUGCUUCCCCCUCAGAGCUUACGUCUUCUGCAUGGGGACACUGCUGCUCUUCUGCCUGGCCUCCUUCUUGUACCAGCUCAACGGAGAACCCCCCAGAAUCCUGCUGGACAUCAGACAAUAUAUUGGUCAAUCGACAUACGUGGAUGACCACGGACCUCCGGCUCCAAGAGUGCUUAAGUUCCCCAGCCAGGUGGUGUACAACCGAGUGGGGAAGUGCGGCAGCCGGACGGUGCUCCUCUUGCUGCGGCUGCUGUCUGAGACGCACCAGUUCAACUUGAUCUCGUCGGACAUCCACAACAAAACACGGCUCACCAAAGCUGAGCAGAUGGAGCUCAUGAAGGACAUCAGGAUUAUCCCUCAGCCCUUCCUCUUCACGCGCCAUGUUCACUUCCUCAACUUUGUCAGGUUUAAGAUCGAGGAGCCCGUCUACUUCAAUAUAAUCCGUGACCCCAUCAACCGCUUCCUGUCCAACUACUUCUUCCGGCGCUUCGGGGACUGGAGGGGCGAGCAGAACCACCUCAUUCGCACCCCUGCUAUGAAAGAUGAUGAGAGAUAUCUAGACAUAAACGUGUGCAUUCUAGAAAACUACCCAGAGUGCUCUAACCCAAGAGUCUUCUACAUUAUCCCCUACUUUUGCGGACAGCAUCCUAAAUGCAGAGAGCCAGGCCCAUGGGCUCUGGAACGGGCCAAACAGAAUGUUCAGGAGAAAUUCCUGCUGGUUGGCAUCUUGGAGGAGAUGGAAGAUGUGCUGCUACUCCUGGAGAGGCUUCUACCGCACUAUUUCACUGGCGUGCUCAACAUAUACAAGAGUCCUGACCACAAGAAGUUGGGCAACAUGACCGGCACGGUCCGCAAACACACACCCACCCUGGAGGCGCUGCAGGUGCUCUACCAACGCAUGAGGUACGAGUACGACUUCUACAACUUUGUCCGGGACCAGUUCCACCUCAUGAAGAAGAAAAUUGGCCUCAAAUCUGUGGACCAACCGCCGGCGUACUCCCCGCGUUACCUCCGGGAGCUGGCCUUGCGGACACCCCAGCCUCUGGAUGAAGACGAGGAGCUGGACACGGAUACGGAGGAUGCUAACAGCUGGCUUGUCCAUCAGGAGCAAACAGUUUGAUGGGCAGACAUCAGGAGGCGUCCUGAGGAGGCAACGGUGCCUUGGCAAAACUGGGUUGCAUUUUUAAGUUGCGACUGUCCUGGAUUGCAUCGACAGACUCGCCACCGAUGGGGAAAAGACAAAGUCUUUCUAUAUAAAAGGUCUUGGAAAAUCUACAGGUUUUUCUAAGGAAGUGGGGCUUUUUGGUUCUUUUGCUGAAUUCUCCAGGGGAGAUAAAGCACAGCUACGUUGACCUAAAUGCAGGGGAAGUGUGUUGGGGGGAAAAAAAAAAAAAAAAAUGCUGAGAAGCCAAACAGCAAACCAUGAACAGAAAAGUGCCAAAACGUGUGUGUGUGUGUGUGUGUGUGUGUGUCAGUGCAGUGUUUAGACAGGAAGGUGUAUUAUUCCACGUUUCCACCAAGCACCACAGUUCCUUGGCACCGAGCUGCAAACUGGAAACACAAAAUAUCCUCUUGACAUCUAAAGUGAAGUAAAAAAUCUCCCAGAUUGUGAUGUUUUCGUGAGGAUGAUAUAAAAUACUGUGUAGAUGUUGAAAGACGACUCUAUAUUGAAAGGAACAGGUUGCUGCUGUUUAAAACCAAAAUAAGCUUCCACACGCCCUCCCUUUUCCUUGAUAGCUCAUCCAAUCACCAGUCACAUUCACCAAGGACCUCCUAAUUGCUGGAGCUGCCAAGUCUCCUGUCAGCAGCACUGUGCUUUUGUGUAGGCUCCUACCGCGCUGUGCACUGGGCUUGUUUUCGUCCAAUGAAAUACACACGCUGCUCUUAAAGUUAAAAUCCCAACGAUAGUCACACACACACUAGGUGUGGUGAAAUUAUCCUCUGCAUUUGCAGGGAGGUGAGAGGGAGCAGUGAGCAGCAGCGGUGACCACGCUCGGGAAUCACCUUCGCAAUUUAACCCCCAAUUCCAACCCUUGAUGCUGAGGCAAUGGGUCCCAUUUUUAUAGUCUUUGGUACGACUCGCUGUACGAUGUUCCAGUCUCAGGGCGGACACUCUAACCACAAGGCCACUGAACAGGUCAAACUCCACAGGUUGAACCCCGAAGUCCGACCCGACUUGAAAUUUCACACCAAAUGCGGUACUGGGAUUUCCCGUGGAACUUUUUCACUUCUGAUACGAUACCGAUAGAGUAGCCUUGAGUAUUAGCCGAUACGAUAUCAGCAGUAGAGUGCAAUGUUAAAAAAAGGCUAGUAGAUAUGGUGGAAGAAUAAUCUCAUGACAGUGUCAUGCUUUUAAAGUGGAUUGUAAUUUGUUUUUGGUGACACCUAGUGGCCACAGUAAUUCAUCAAAUAAGGUCAUUACGCAGCAAGGUGAAUGAUUCAGACAUGCUUGUGAUUGGAUACUUUCUAACACGCUAAGGAGCGAUAUGCAGUUAUAACUUUUUGAUACUUGUUUUUAUUGACUCGUGUUGUGUUCAAGACUGCAAUGUUGUUCAAUUAAGGAUAUUCAUCAAGUAUGUCUAGCUUGUGUGCUAUUGUUUGCUUGGCUGUCGUGUAGCUGCUAGCUCCUAGUAGUCUAUAGCCUACUGGGUUUACUGAGGAAAGAUCAAAUGUGUGUGCUUAUUGAAGGACAUGUAGGUGUUUGCUGUCGAGCUUUGCACAUGUAAACACGCCACAGGACUGCUUGCAUCGGAUAUUUCAGAUGCAAGCCGAUAUCAGAGCGAUAUUUGAUAUCAAUAUCAGCUCGGGACACCCCAAUUUUGUACUUGCAAGGUAUUUUGAGCGCAACCCAUUUGUCAACGACAGUCAUUUGGAACCACAAUAACAAACAACUGUUUUUUUUUCUUUGUUUACUCUGAUUUGUGGAGCCGAUUGGUGGAAACACAAUCCAGACCAGACGAGAUUUACCAAAGCAAACUGGACCACUUGGUGGAAACGUGGCUUGAGUGAAACGCAUUCUGUUGCAAAAGGUAUAAAAGAGGGUUAAACCGUAUGCACUCGUUAUGAAUUCAAAGAAUUCCAGUUAAGUGUGCGUGUGUGGCUUGGGUUUGACACUGCAGUAUUUGAGCAGUUUGGCACCGUUUUGUUUACAUUUAGUUUGUUGGGACUUGAGCGUGGCCAGGUGCUUAAAAAAAAGAGACAUCUAUUGUUUAUUCCUGGUAAGGUAUCAAUCAGGCAGGAGCUGAGGUCAAAAGUCAAAUCAAUAGCUGUUCAGUACCAGUCAAAAGUUGUAUGCAUUCUUUAGACUUUCUAUGAGAGUAUUUCCUCAAAUAGUGGCCCCAAAAUACAAGGCGUUUAUUAAAGAGGCCCUUAUUUCAAUAUUUUGGUAAUUUUAUUACUUGGUACUUAAAAAUAAAUAUAGUGUUGUAUUGUCAUACAGUAAUGCAUUCAUGAAAUUAAUGAAGAUUAAAACAGCACAUGAAGAAGGCAAAGCAUUUGUUGUUUUUUGAGGAAAUAACAAAAUAUUUAUUUAUUUAUUUACUGGGUCUGUCGAUAGUUCAGACCCACGUUCUCAUGCUGUUAAGAGACGUUUUCGUAAAAAACGUGCAGAUGGAUUUUGCCAAAAUAUUUUAGUAAGUAUUGAUGAAUAUAAAAAUAAUCAUUUAAAAAAAUGACAUACUGUAAUAAUGUAUUUUAUAAAUAGAUUUUUAACAAAUAUCUGAGAAAAAUGGCCUUGUGGCGGUAUAGUGCUACUGAAUUUUUUAUUCAAUGUAGGCACGCAGCGUUUAAUUGAAGCAGAAGGCCAAUAUUUGAGGAAAUGUAUUUAUUAUUAUUGAUUUGAACAAAUAUCGGAAGUAAGGUAGCUAAGGGCAAAGGUGAAGGUACGUGUUCUGUGUUAGCACUCUGCCAGGCGCAGUUUUCUGGUGGUGUUCUUUAACCGAUCUGCAACUGUUUAUGGUCACAUUUUGCUAUUUAUAUCUGUCAGUUAGCUUGGGUCAAAGGUCAAAUACAUGAGCCAGCCACAAUUUGAACCUUGUGGCAGCUCGGGUCAAAGGUCAGUCAGAUCACUUGGUACAUUUACUUUUUCUGUGUUCUUUGUUGGGUGCAUUUCUCUUCUUUCCACCCUGCUAAUCGGUAAUGGCUUUACAACUGUUUUUUUUGUUGUUGUUUUUUUUUUUAGUGUGUCUUUACUUUAAGUCUGAGCUCAAUGUACUUCCUACUUUGUGUUUUUGCAGCUGCUGAAGCCAGUGUACAAAAAUACCACAUGAAACAUUAACAUAUUCCGCCCUAGCUUCGUACCCUUCCAACGUACGUGCUUUUAUGUCCUGCUAUGUGUCUUAUAAUUUAUUAUUUUCUAUUCAUUUUGCAUUCCAGAUCAAAUUCUCAGGAAGGAAACAAAAAAACUGUUCAUGUAAUAAAUGUAUCAGUUCCAACUUGGCGGCUAUUAAAAAAAAAAAGUGUGUAUGU